AUGGAUCCGGAUAAAGAAGAUCGAAUUCAAGUUCUCAUGAACAAAAUGGCGAAACGAGUUCAUGCCCGUCGUUUUCAACUAUUCCCAUUAUUCGAAGAUUUCGAUCGUGUUCGUAAUGGUCAUGUCACCCAAAGUCAAUUUUUGCGUGUUUUGAACGAUCUUGGCCUGUUAACAUUACUGACCGGAUUCGAAAAGGAUAAUUUAUUGGAAAAAUUUCGUGUUCGAGUUGGUGGACGUGAUGAUAUGGAUUAUAUAACAUUCUGUCAUGAACUGAAUACUCUCGCUGGUUUCGAAGCCGGAAUACCAUAA